AUGUACGUGAGCAACAUUGAAGACUAUUUUGCGGGUCGCAAGCCCUUUGAGGAAUCAAUCGGCUCCUUCAUCAAGGAAGAUCUUGAAUUUGUUGACAACGGCGCCAACUACAAAGGUGCUGACAUUAAAACUUUUUUCGAAACAUCCUGGAAACCAUACCUUUCGGGAAUGUCUUUGAAGGUCAUGAAUCAGUUCCGCCCAUUCAUGACCAACAAGAUGGUAAUCAGUUUGGCUGCCUUUGGAGAAUUUCACAUUGACUGCAUGAUGGGCAUUGCGACUGGAGCUCAUGUGUUGGAGUUUGCGGAAGUGGGCUCUGUCCUCAAAGUCGCCAAAAUGACCCAUUACUAUGAUCUCCCUAACAAGACAUUGGCUUGCUUGAGUAAGUUGCAAGGAAUGGAAGAUGGUGCUGAGAAGAAGCAAGAGUUGUAG